CCCUUCCUUCUCCCUGCUUGCAAACAGAGACUAUGACUGAAGAACCAGAGACUACAGAACCAACGGAAGAAGAACGUAUUGCUCAUUUUUGGAGCAAGACUGAAGAAUCGGAGGAUGAAGAAUCAGAGGAUGAAGAAUCAAUGGAUGGGAAAUCAAAGGAUAAAGAACCAGAGGAUGACGAAUCAGAUGAUUGGAAAUCAGAGGUUGAAGAAUCAGAUGAUGAAAAAUCUAAGGAUGGAAAAAGUUAUGGGGAAUGUAAGUAUUGUUUGAAGGUGGAUAAGCACCCUACACAACUAUGCUCUUAUAGGUAUCGAGUCCCAAAGAACGCAAUUGUUGGCGAGAGUUGUGUGGUUGCAUGUCGUGUAUGUGGCUGCUUCUUUAGAGACUCAUGUUGUGCUGAUUGUGGUCUGAGCGUAGGACGUGCACUUCUUAAGGAAUGUACAAUCUGUGGGAAGGAAGAAGAACACUCAAAUUUUGAGUGCCCGGAACGCGAGGAGAAACGUAAGAAUUCUGGCUUUACUUACGACCCUUAUACUGGUUCUUUUUCUGUCGAGAUUCGCCCUUUGAAAUAGGAGAGAAUGAAGAGUUAAUUGUACUCUAGAGUUAAAGCAAAAGAGCAAGGAGUGCUAUUUUCCAUAAAUGCUAUGCAUCCUAUCAUUUUGAUGUCUACAUCGUGUAUUGUUUUUAUCACAAAGGAAUUGCAAUUUGCAGCACCUGGUCUAUUAUAUUGUUAUGCUUGGAGAUGUGAGAAUCCAUCUAUUUAUAAAAUGUCUAAAGUAAAAGGUGGUUUUUAUCUCAA